AGUGCUCGGCACUCAGUAAGUGCUUUACAAGUACCACAGUAUCAUUAUUAGGAUCCGGACCCCUGGGUUCAGUGCCGGUUCCCCCUGGAGCCCAGCCCUUGAUACCAGGCCCUGCUCCAUCACCCAAUACCUCAUUUUUCCCCGUGGAAAACGAGCAUGGGAAGGUUUCGGUCAUCCUGCGGCUUUAUUGUCUUACUUAGCCCACGUUUGUUGUUUUGGGCCAGUCCUCCCUUAUCAGGAGCUCGGAUGUAAUCCUUGGAAUUAAUUACCAGCUAAUCACAGAACCAGGUUAACAGCUCUUCCUUGCAUUUCAGGAGAUUCCCCUGACCUCGGGUUUCCCUUCCACAUGCCUUUUCCAUGACUCCACCCUCCAGAAGGAUACCCAGGAGGGAGGUAUCCCAGGGGCGGGCACCAGAGCUGGAUCCCUGGAUGGGAAGGCUGAGGGGAGAGGUGUGGAUGCUUUAUUCUUGGAAAAUCAGAUUGGUAUUUAAAUAGCGCAUUUAGGCAAAUCAUGGAGAGUUUAAAGCCAGGGACUCCCGGCUCCCAGCUCCAACCUGCCUUGCUUCCUCCAAGCCACACCUGUAUAGCAGCAGCAGCAGCAGCGGCGGCCGCCAGCAUGAUUGUGAUCGCCACGUUCUUGGUCAUGGCUGCGGGGGCUCUCCCCCUGAGAGCCCACCCCUGGCUCUGCACCCACCCUCACCACUGCUGUUUGGAGAAGGGACAGGGUCCUUAUGAAGAGGAGUGGCUGAAGUGGAACAGCGUGCCUCCCGCUUCCCUGGCCGUCCCCAGCGACCCCGACACCCACCACUGCCGGGCCAGCCAAGAUGGGCCCAUCAACAGUAGAGCCAUCUCCCCCUGGACCUAUAUGCUGGACCGGGACGAGAAUAGGCUCCCACAGGACCUGUACCAGGCCCGCUGCCUGUGCCCACACUGCGUCAGCCUGCGCACGGGCAGCGGCAUGAACAUGUUGGGCAACUCGGAGCUGCUGUGGCACAACCAGACCGUCUUCUACCGACGCCCCUGCCGCGGCGGCCCGGGCCCGACGGGCCGCUACUACCUGGAGCACAGCUUCUACCCCGUCUCCUUCGCCUGCGUCUGCGUCCGGCCCCGGGUGUUGGUGGCCGCCGCGUAGCCCCGCCCUGCCCCGGGCUCCUGACGGAUGACCGCCUCCUCUCCCUGGGCCUCAGUUUCCCUGCUGCCGUCGUCCCUAUCCUGCUGACUUGUCCUCCGCUUGGCCUGAAGCUCCCUCCUGUCCAUCCACCUCAUUCCCCUGCUGGUGGCGGGCGGGAGCCAGGAGGGCAGCCUUUGGGGUCCCUCAGUCCAGGGUAGGGCCUGGUGGGGGCCUCCUCUCUCCCACCGAGCUCACCCUCCUCGAAGAAUGUGCCAGCCCCCCUCCCCACCCUCCCACUGGGCUUAUUUUUAGACCCCAGCAGCUGUGGAGGAAGAGGUCAGGGGUCAUGGAGGAGGUCAGGAUGGGACUAGGGGACAGACCGACAGGUGCGGGGUCCCCGAAGGGAGUGGUCAUUAGACAGCUGCUCCCAUUUCGAACCUGGCCCUCCCCGCUUCCUCACUGUGCCCCUUCCCCAUCGCCCUCCUGCCUCACAGUGGCCCUAGAAGCCAGAAGAAGGACCUAAGGGGGCAGAUAGCAACUCUCUUCAUCUUCAAAGCCCCCUCUCCCCCUUCCAGAAAGCCCUUCCUCGAUUCAACUCCGCCAUCCCAGGACAUGUCAAAGCAAGACCCACCGUUAGCACUUAUAUUUCUACACCUACCUCUAGCCCGAAUGCAUAUAUCGUUUUAAGUUAAUUUCCACUUACUUAUUUAGCUAUUUAUCCUCCCAUCCUCCUGCGGCCAGUGUUUAUAACCCUGUUCUUUCUCCCGCUCCCGCUAUUUAUAAAUAUUUUUUAUUUGCCUCCCCCAUCAGACUGUAAGCUCUUUCAGGGCAGGACUUGUGUGUUUUACCCUCCCAAGCACAGUGCUCUACACACUGUGGGCACUCAAUAAAUACUACCGGAUCGCUGAGUGACAAACGAGAAGUUUUCCAAAUCGCAGAAAGGCUCCAAGGGAAUCCAGCACUGCAAAUCAAGCAGUGCAACCCUGAAGGCUUAAUCAGAUCAGAUCGGAUCAGCCUAAUUCGCAAGCACUGUGGCUCCCGGUCACCUCCCAGGACCCUGGGGAGCCUGGGGAGGAAGCUGAGUCCUGGAGAAUUGGCCCCCACUGCCUUGGGCACCCCAGACCCUGGAGAGGACCCUGACUGUUCAAAUUCCUCUCUGGUCACCUUUCCAACGUCUGUCCCAAAGCUCUCUUAGCUUCCAGUGUCCCACACUCGUCAAAAAGUUCUUCCUGUUGUCUAACCUCAGUCCUUCCUGCUGUUGAACCUACCUCUGGGCAAGAGUCAUGCUCUACACAGUUGCACUUUACUAUUUCCCCUCUCCCUAAUCUAUUUUAAUGUCUGUUUC